CCAACCCUUGGUCUGGCCAGCAGGGACCCGCCUGGCGGAGGCAGGGCCGAUGAGAUACUAGGGGAGGAGCCCGAGCUGCUGCCGCUGCCGCCGCCGCCGCCGCCGCCGCCGCCGCCGCUGCUGCCACUGCCUCCGCACCCGGAGAGGAGCAUGUCUGCAACUCGAGCCAAGAAAGUGAAGAUGGCCACCAAAUCGUGCCCCGAGUGCGACCAACAGGUUCCUGUUGCAUGUAAAUCGUGUCCCUGUGGUUACAUAUUUAUUAGCAGAAAACUUUUAAAUGCAAAACACCCAGAAAAAUCACCACCUUCUGCAGAGAAACAGGAAAAGGAAAUUGACAUCUAUGCUAACCUCUCUGAUGAAAAGGCUUUCGUGUUUUCAGUCGCCUUGGCAGAAAUAAAUAGAAAAAUUAUCAAUCAAAGACUUAUUCUCUGAUAUUUGUCUGCACAAUGUGUUGAAACUUUCUUCAGGAUUACAUCAGCAAAUUCUCAAACAGUUGUGGACUCUCAGGAGCAUUCUGACUGCAUCAAUAAGGGCCAUUGAUUGUUUUUUUUUCCCUUGUCAUUUAGCCUGUGCCACACUUUGGGAGCAAAGCUGUAGGCUUGGACUGUUCUGGGAUUUCCUUGUUUACCAAGGAGUAUUGUCAGUGUUUUGUGUUUGGGAUAUAAGUAAGUAUAUUUACCAAAAACAAAAACAAACAAAAACAAAAACAAUGGAUGGCUGUUAAAGGCUAAAGGGGUAGGGGGUGGGAGUGGAAGAAUGAAAACUAGGGAAAUAAAACGCUUGUUAGUUUUCAGGUUUGCCACCAGAGAUGCAAUAUUUUAAGUACUUGGAAAAAGAGUGACUUUUAAAUAUAUAUAUUUCAGAUUUUCAGCACUAACAGAUUGCAUAUAUACAGUUCAUUUACUUUUAAUAAAUUGGCAAUUGAUAUUUUAUUGAAUGGGGAAUUAAGAAUAUAAACUGUAAAUUUUGUCUUGAUUUUUUUCUUGGCCUUUAUUUUUAUGACAAGGUAUGAGUUAUAUUUUGGGAGAUACUUUCUAGACAUUUGGGAAGUUUGGGUGCUAUAUGAAGAAAAACAUUUAAGGAUAUAUCAUACUUCAGAUAUAAACAUCUUGUUUUCUUGAAUGUAAUUUAUUUAUUGGUUUAAAAAAAACCUUUUCUGCUCUCAAGAUGGUGCCUGUUAACCUAAACAUAAGAUAUAUUUAUUACAUACAAAAUAUUUCUUAGCCACUUUUAAGCAGUAAUGUUUUAUCUGAAUGGAUGUUCAUUUAUACAUCCUGAUAAUUAUUUAAAUUGUUACUUAACCUCACUCUGGAAAAAAAAUAAACCUUAAUAUUGAAACUAAUAGAUUAAUAGUGUGGUAUAAGUUUGUGCUCUAUGAAGUUGUGAACUAUAUUUAAAUUCUUAGUUUUUCUAGUCAUAAAUGAUAACUGUUUGUAGCUGAUUUAUUUUAUACUAGAUGCUUUUGCAUUUUUGCAUAUCAAUUUAACAUUCAAAUUUGACCAUAACUUCCCUUAUUUCAGGUACCUCCCUCUCCCACCCCAGUGGCCAAAUCUGUUUGGAAGUCCAGAAGCCCUAUUAGUGAAGGUAGUCAUCAGCCAGAUUUAACUUUAAGAGAAUUUCCUUUUCAGUUUCAAUAGUAGCAUUGGCAGCUUCAUCCUGCAUCUCCCAUCACCUCCCAAAAGAAAAAAAGAUUCACAUUUUUUCCUAUUUCAUUUAAAUGGUAGCCAGCAGAGGGAGCUUAAGAGGUACUCUAGGUAGGAUGCAGAAUUAUUCUAAGAAUUUUCUAAGAAUUCCUUUACCCUCAAUCCCCCUAUUUACCUGCAGGUACUACUACAAUUAUCUUGUAUGCAUUUUAAAGCUCUAGUAAUAAAGUUUAUUCCCAAGCAUGCUAAUGUGAUUUUAUUUUUGAAAUAUAAGAAAACUAUUUUUAAUUUGACAAAAAAAAUAUCUAAAAUGCUUGUGAGUAUAUAUAUGUCCUCAGAAAAAGUGAGAAAAGCUUAUGGAGUAGGCAUCUCUUUAAAGAAUUAUUGAUGUCAGAAUCUAUCCAUUUAAAGCUGGAGACCUUAGAGGAAAGUCAUGUUAAAAUAGUCAUGUAUACAAUAAGGGUGGAGACUGGUGAUGAGGCUGGAACUUGCCAUGUAAAGAGAUAAUUUAUUUCAGAUGCUCAUAAGGUUAAAUCAUUGUCUUAUUUAAAAAGUUCUUUGGCAGAGGGACAAAUUAAGCUUCUCCUAUUUGUGAUGUAACCUAUUUAAAAAAUUUCUCUAAAAAUUGUAUUCUCUGAUAUGUUUAUAAUCUAUCUCAUUAUAAAGCUGAAUUUGUCUAAAAAUGUUGUAAUGGCCUCAGAAUAUAUUACUUGUUAUUGGUAUUUAAGAAGCCUUUAUUAUCAGCAGAUAUCCUAAGAACAUAAUUGUAGUAAUUUAAUUAUAUAAUCCAAAAUUUAUUCUGCUCUAAUAUCUGUAAGUGAUAUAAUUAUUCAGAAUGCCCUAAAAUGAUUCCAUAAUUAGAUUAGGUCCAUUGAAGAUAUGUUCAUUCUUAAAUGUGAACAAAAUUAAAUACAAGGUAUUUGGGAGUUGUUAGGUUAAACUAUACAAAUUUGUAUGUUUACCUCCCCCACCCAAUCCCAUUGUAUUCCAGAGUGUUUUCAUUGGGGGGUGGGGGGGAAGGACACUUAAAUUUUUGAGAUUUAAUUUUUUUUUUAAACAACACUUCUUACAUUUUUAUGGGCAGAGAAGCCUUCGGUUGUACUUAAUGUAAGUUAUUUAAGGAAAUCCUGCAAAUUAUUUCUUCUGUAGCAAUCAAUGGAAAUGAUCAAACAGCUUGAGACAGUUUACAUCAUGAUGACAUAAAAUAUAAAAUUAUAAAUGACUUAAAAGUUUAGCCAGAAUAAAUGCAUACUUUUUGAAACUUCAAAAGUACUUUAAAAAAUAAUGCUCAGUAUGUCAUGACAUUUGUGGUGUUUGCUAAAAGUAAUAUGUACGUGUUUUUUCUGAGAUAAUUCAAAUUGAAAAGUGUUUGACUUUCUAAACUAUGGUAAUUGCAUUUGAUUCUCUAAUUCUAACUGCAAAACUUUUUACCUUUUUUUGAUAAUUUUUACAUUCAACAUGCAUAUGUUUAUCCUUUAAAUUUGGAGAAAUUAAGCUCUCAUGUACUUCAUAUGAAAAUAUUAAUCAAAUUUGUUUGAUUCUGCAUACAAAAAUAAGCUGUGGAUAGAAUUUUUAAAUUUUUUGUGCAAAUGUAGUUGGGUUUCCUUUUUUUCAUCUUUGAUUCCUGUUUUUCUAAGCCUUGUUUUUAUAUUUGGGUAUAUGUAUCUAUAUAUGCAUGUACACAUAUAUAUUUAUUUUACUUUUUCUA